GACGUCACGUAAACAAAAGGUGCAUCGUCUGCUAGCAGUGAUUCUCGGACCCUCUCUCUCUCGCUUCCUCCUUCCUUUAUCACUCAUUAUCCCAUCUCCUGUGACGACCGACGGGAGAGAAAAGACCAGAAUUCUUAAAGAUGGGGAUGUCACGGAUAUUACAGGGGAUUAUGAGGUACAGGGAGACCCACAGAGCGGGAAUGGUGAAGCAAUUUAAGGUUGUUCGUGAUGAUCCCCAUCCAAAAGCAGUAUUUUUCUCCUGCAUGGACAGCAGAAUGUUGCCAACAAGGUUUACGCAAACAAAUGUUGGAGACAUGUUUAUUGUAAGAAAUGCAGGGAAUCUGGUACCUCAUGCAAACCUCUGCGGCCAUGAAGAAAUCACAACUGAACCAGCAGCAUUAGAAUUAGGUUGCAUUAUCAAUGGCAUUCGUCACGUUAUUGUGUGUGGCCACUCUGAUUGCAAGGCAAUGAAUAUGCUUCAUCUCCUUCGCAACACUGACAGACUGCACCAUGAAAUUAUCAGGUUAUCUCCCCUCAAGGCAUGGUUAGUGCGACAUGGAAGCUCCUCGUUGGCUAAAUUUGCACAGCUUGAGGUGGCAAAUUUUCAAGCUCCUCUCAUCUUUCAGGCUGAAACCCCAAUGCGAAGAUUUGUCGCCUACAUAGACCCAGAAAAUCACUUUUCCGAUGAGGACAAACUCUCACAAGUGAACACCCUACAACAGCUCCAGAACAUCGCCAGUUACAACUUCAUGCGCGAGGGACUACUCAGAGGCAAGGUCUACAUUCAUGCCUUAUGGUUUGAUAUUUACACUGGCGACAUUUAUUACUUUAGUCGACAGCAAAAGAUGUUCGUGGACGUCAAUGAAGGUAACAUAGAGAAGCUCCUAGAAGAAGUUUCAAAAUAUUACACAUAAUUCUUAUAGCUAUGAUAUAUAUACUUUUUUUUAAAGGUGAGUAGUAGGUCAUGGACCAGGAUCAAUGCAGAAAGAGAAUUCCAUAGCUAUUUUUGUAGUUGUUUUUACUAUUUUUCAUCAAGCAAACAAAACAUUUUUACAAUAUUGCUUGUACAGUUUCUGCCAUUCCACUCCCCUUUUAUUAACAUUUAUUUCAAACCUUUUGCUUUGGAAGUUCA